GAGGGGGCGGGGCCGCGCCGCGCUGGCGAUGGCGGCGUUGGGAGCGGGAGCGGUGGCCGCGGCGGCGGCGCAGCUGGAGAGCGCGAUGGCGGGCACUGCGACGGAGCGCCAGGAGCGCGUGAAGGAGCUGUCGAUCCUGUUUCGGGAGGCGCAGGCGAGAGAAAUGGCAGAAGAAAGUAUAUUUUGGAAUGUCUUGGAAAUCCUGAAGAGUGCCUCAAGUGAAAUUGAGCAGACCUACAAGGACUCUUGUGAAUUGGUAGAUCUAGACACCUGCCUGCUGCUCGUAGCAGAGUGUUUCAGAUGUCUGAGGAAUGCCUGUGUUGAGUGUGCCAAGAAUCAACAUGUCAUGAGGAACUUGGGUCUCAUCUCAACAUCUGUCCAUUUGAUCAAAUUGCUGCUUAGAAUACAAAUCAAAGAAGAAUUAUUAUUGACUGCUCUUCGUUGCAGCCUCCAGUUUCUUGGAAACAUUGCAGCAGGAAAUGGAGAUUCCCAGAAUAGCAUUUGGAAGUGUGCUUUCCCAGAUCUCUUCUUGACAUUCCUAACAUACAGUGAUGAGAAGAUUGUUGCCUAUUGCUGUAUGGUCCUGUUCACCUGCCUUAAUUCAGAGAAAGUGAGAGAACUACUGAAUCCUGGGAACUUAACUGUGGCUGUUCAUGUCUUGAAAGUCUACAAAGAGCAGUUGGAGACUGAGUGGUCGUUCUUGAUUGUUACAGACCAUUUGCUGAAAUGUCCAGAGUUGGUAAAAGCCCUCUAUGCCAAACUGAGCAAUCAAGAAAGAGUUACUUUGUUAGAGCUGAUGAUGGCAAAAGUAAGUGAGAAGAACCCAGCUACCAGCGAAGAAAUGAAUGUGAUCGCCAGACAUGCUGAGUUCCUUGCAGGCUGUUUCCAAGAGAAAUGUGAAGCUGUGCUCAAGUUAACUUCUGCAGCAGAUGCAGAAGAUGAGGAAGCACUGAUUACAAUUCGUCUUCUUGACGUUCUUUGUGAAAUGACAUCAAACAAUGGGCAGCUGGAACAUCUACAGACUUUGCCCGGUUUGCUUGAGGCAGCCAUAGAUACCCUGAGGUUAACUCAUCUUGCUGGGAAACAGGCUGUAAAUAUUUUCACUGCCACACAUGCUAUGACAGGGCAGGAAGAAAUUUCACAUCCAGCUGUGGGUUUUAAAUCUCAUCUCAUUCGUUUGAUUGGAAAUUUGUGUUACAAAAAUAAGGAAAACCAAGACAGGGUUUAUGAAUUAGAUGGCAUCCCGUUGAUCCUGGACAACUGCAGUAUUGAUGACAACAAUCCUUUUGUGAAUCAAUGGGCAGUAUAUGCUAUCCGAAAUCUCACUGAACAGAAUGAGAGAAUUCAAGACCUUAUUGCACAGAUGGAGGAGAAGGGUCUGGCAGACAAUUCUGCCCUUGAGAGUAUGGGUUUAGAAAUAGAGAAACGAAAUGACAAGUUAAUUCUGAAAUCCGUCAGGAAAAAAACCUCAUGAACAAUAGGUUAAGAACAGUCAAAAAAUUAAAAGAAGAUUUUUCUUAUAAAAUAUUUUUCCCUGCUCAGGCAAUCAAUAUUUCUUCAGUUUUAGUUCCGGUCUGCUGGAAGUGUUUACGUUCAUUCUCCUAGAAGCUGCCAAAUGAUAUUUCUGCCUCACUGUUGUAAACAAAAGGACACUUACCCAUUUUCUAAAUACCUAGGUAAAUUAACCUGUGGAAAAAGAUCCUUCUUUUCAGGUGGUUGAAAUUUCAUUACUUUCUUGUUUUGUUAGUAGAAAGAUGUCCUGCGUGCAGUACCGAGUUGUUAUAAUUUCCAUUGCUGAACUUGGAGAUAACUAUCAUUAAAAACUCAACAAAAAAAUAACUGCUUUGCAGUCUGCUUUCUGAGAUCUCUGCUGAGUCAGGCUAAACAAUGAAAGUAACUCAUUUUCAAUCAUAGUGCUUAAAUGUCACUGCUUAUAUAAGGAUAUGUGGAACCUUGGAUGUACAUAAAUAUUUAGUGAAUUAAACACAACAUGUCUUCUGUGUGUUUAAAUUAUUAGCAAAAUGUUUUUUCUACCUUGUUACCUUUCAGUCUUCAUGACAAGUAUAUUAAAAACAAAGCUGAAGCUGUUGUGGCAACAGAUGCUACAUUCAUUUGCACCGGGGCAUGUCUCUGUUUUGGAGACUUGGGUGUUUGUUUGAAUUUUAUUUGUUCCUUUGGAUGGUAAGUCAGCCCACUUUCCUUUUGUUUUGCACUUCUCAUGGGUUUUCUGAACUCUGGCAGACUGCUGAAGAGGUAGUUUCUCACUGUGAUUAAUUCUAGCAGUUUCUUUUCACCCCUCUGCCUUUCCAAAACAUUGACAAAACUCAUUUCCAGUUAAUUAAUUCAAGAGAGGCAGAAGAAUGGAAGGCCCUGCCUCUUCAUUUUGGGUGCCCUCCUAUAUUGUUGUUGGACCCUGCCACUGUGGAAUGUUGCAUGAAUGAGAUGUGGGGAGAAGGGGGGUGAAGAAAGAGUGGGGGGCAAGGUUAACUCUGUGUGUGCCAUAGCUUUGUCCUGGUAAUCAAGAAAUUUAGUCCUUCGUGUGUAAGCAAAACAAGAAUUACAGCUUAGUGUAGCUAGCACUUGCUUAUCAUUGCUGUCAUUUAUCUUCAGUUGUGUCUAAUAGGAAAGUCGCAGAAAAGUAAAAUUGUUCAUUUUGUUGUUGUCAUUUCGUGCCAUUCUUAAGUGGAAAGGCAAGAUUAUGUCCUAAAACUACAUGUACACGUAAUAGGCACUUAGCCAUGUGCAUCAGCUUUGCUCCUCCAGUUCAUUUUUUGAAAAUGAAAAAAACUAUUUGGUCCUUUGAACUAUGAGAAAUAUAUAGUGAUGCUUAAAACUGAUGGGGAGUGUAGCCAGACUACUAAGAUCUUUUUUAAGUUAACCAUAAGAUUUCAGUAUCUACCAUGCUGACCAGGUGGGACUAUGGAAAUGAUCUAGUGGGAUUUUGGUCACCUGUUGGCUUUAGAGGCAAUGUUCUGAAGGUGCUGUCUUUAUCCAUUUAUUAAGUAAUGGUUGUGUAUAAAGGGAUAAUGGCAAUAGGAGCAAAGACUAAAACUUUUUCUGCUCUUAGAGACUUCUUACCUUAAAAACAAAUGGUGGAGAAAAGUGUUCUUUGUUUUAGCAAAGAAUAAAUAUGAAUAUAAGCAAAGUGCUUUAUUUGCUUUUAAAAUAAUUUUACGGGACAAUAACUUAAUGUCAGCAGAUAUUAAAAACUGUUUAAGUUUAAGUGCUGGUUUAUGAAGUCAUUUUUUAUACAGGUAGGUGCCUGUUGCUAGCUGAAUGGAAAAAGAUAUGUGGUUUUGGUUCAUUGUGAGCACAUGAUCUCUCAGACUUCAGUUUCUCAGUCAUUUCCAUAAGCUUUAAUUCUUGUGUUUAGGCUAGAAUUCAUUUAGCAGUUUAAUUACUGUGUCACCUAAGAUUUGCAGCUGGUUUUGUUUGUGUGUUUUUUAAUCUUUAUCUCCAUAACACAACAGAAAAUACGUACUUCUAGCGCCUAAAUGGCAAAGAAAGAGAGUUCUACACUUCAAAAAAAAAUUCGGAAGGCUACUUCAUUGAGCUUUAAAAGGAAAUAAUUAAAUUUUGCUAACAAGGGAGCAUCAACCGUAAUAGCACAUAGAAAUAAAAUUAAGUAGUUUUCUGCUGAGUAACUGUAAAACUUCAAACAUUUUUAUUUUAGCACCACUACUUAGGAAAUUUAUGUUAAUAAUAGGUAAUUUAACAGAGUGAAAAAAAAGGAAACCCCAUAGUUCUCCUGAACAAAAAAUGAACUUUCUAUAUAAGAAAAAAACUCUAAAUAUUUUCCUUUUAUUUAGGGUAAUAAAGAGUUAAAAUCCUGUUCACAAAGCAAAUCCAGAAAGAACUUUGGUUGUGGAAAAAGCAGUGGGAGUCCCUUUUUCCUUUUAAGCAGUUGGGAAUAGAGUUGGAGUUUUUGUUGUUUGGUUGAUUUUUUUUUUAACUUGGUGGUUGUGUACCCACUGGUGGAAUAACACAAACCCAUAAAUAUAAGCCAAAUAAUAAUAAACACAAAUAAAUAAAAGGGGGUUGUCUGUUUCACAACAUAAUGGAGUAAUAGUUGUGUUGUCUAAAUGGGAAAUGUGGGGCUUUCACAGUGGAGAACAUGCUGAUUACUAUAUUGUGAGUGGCUGGCUUUUGAUUUUCCUAGAUGGAUUAAUUCUCACAACACAACAGCUUCCCUGUCCUCCCCCGGUGAAGUCCCAGUCUCCAAUAGGCUUGUUUUAUAUGCUCGGGGAUUAAUACAGCACAGCAAUCAGUCAUAAAAAGGAAGCUUUAUUGAGUUUGUAAAGGGGCAGAACAGUCAGAUCAAGUCUUGUGACCAUCUUAUUGCUUUCAAGUGCUUUCAAACAAUAGUGAUCAGAUUUUUUUUUUAAGGUCUAUUUUUUAUUAAAAGCAAAUAGGGAAUUAUUUUAUCAUACUGAGUGGACAGAU